AUGGAGCGGUGGAGAGGGGCCUUUAAUCUUACAGUAGAGCCCACUCGCAGCUCCCUCAGAGUCUCUGCAUCACACUCACAGCUCCCUCAGAGUCUCUCUGCAUCACACUCGCAGCUCCCUCAGAGUCUCUGCAUCACACUCGCAGCUCCCUCAGAGUCUCUGCAUCACACUCGCAGCUCCCUCAGAGUCUCUGCAUCACACUCGCAGCUCCCUCAGAGUCUCUGCAUCACACUCGCAGCUCCCUCAGAGUCUCUGCAUCACACUCGCAGCUCCCUCAGAGUCUCUGCAUCACACUCGCAGCUCCCUCAGAGUCUCUGCAUCACACUCGCAGCUCCCUCAGAGUCUCUGCAUCACACUCACAGCUCCCUCAGAGUCUCUGCAUCACACUCGCAGCUCCCUCAGAGUCUCUGCAUCACACUCGCAGCUCCCUCAGAGUCUCUGCAUCACACUCGCAGCUCCCUCAGAGUCUCUGCAUCACACUCACAGCUCCCUCAGAGUCUCUGCAUCACACUGGCAGCUCCCUUAGAGUCUCUGCAUCACACUCGCAGCUCCCUCAGAAGUCUCUGCAUCACACUCGCAGCUCCCUCAGAGUCUCUGCAUCACACUCGCAGCCCCCUUAGAGUCUCUGCAUCACACUCGCAGCUCCCUCAGAGUCUCUGCAUCACACUCGCAGCUCCCUCAGAGUCUCUGCAUCACACUCACAGCUCCCUCAGAGUCUCUGCAUCACACUCGCAGCUCCCUCAGAGUCUCGGCAUCACACUCGCAGCUCCCUUAGAGUCUCGGCAUCACACUCACAGCUCCCUCAGAGUCUCUGCAUCACACUCGCAGCUCCCUCAGAGUCUCUGCAUCACACUCGCAGCUCCCUCAGAGUCUCUGCAUCACACUCACAGCUCCCUCAGAGUCUCUGCAUCACACUCGCAGCUCCCUCAGAGUCUCUGCAUCACACUCGCAGCUCCCUCAGAGUCUCUGCAUCACACUCGCAGCUCCCUCAGAGUCUCUGCAUCACACUCGCAGCUCCCUCAGAGUCUCUGCAUCACACUCACAGCUCCCUCAGAGUCUCUGCAUCACACUCGCAGCUCCCUCAGAAGUCUCUGCAUCACACUCGCAGCUCCCUCAGAGUCUCUGCAUCACACUCGCAGCCCCCUUAGAGUCUCUGCAUCACACUCGCAGCUCCCUCAGAGUCUCUGCAUCACACUCGCAGCCCCCUUAGAGUCUCUGCAUCACACUCGCAGCUCCCUCAGAGUCUCUGCAUCACACUCGCAGCUCCCUCAGAGUCUCGGCAUCACACUCGCAGCUCCCUUAGAGUCUCGGCAUCACACUCACAGCUCCCUCAGAGUCUCUGCAUCACACUCGCAGCUCCCUCAGAGUCUCGGCAUCACACUCGCAGCUCCCUUAGAGUCUCGGCAUCACACUCACAGCUCCCUCAGAGUCUCUGCAUCACACUCGCAGCUCCCUCAGAGUCUCUGCAUCACACUCGCAGCUCCCUCAGAGUCUCUGCAUCACACUCGCAGCUCCCUCAGAGUCUCUGCAUCACACUCGCAGCUCCCUCAGAGUCUCUGCAUCACACUCGCAGCUCCCUCAGAGUCUCUGCAUCACACUCGCAGCUCCCUCAGAGUCUCUGCAUCACACUCGCAGCUCCCUCAGAGUCUCUGCAUCACACUCACAGCUCCCUCAGAGUCUCUGCAUCACACUCGCAGCUCCCUUAGAGUCUCUGCAUCACACUCGCAGCUCCCUCAGAGUCUCUGCAUCACACUCGCAGCUCCCUUAGAGUCUCUGCAUCACACUCGCAGCUCCCUCAGAGUCUCUGCAUCACACUCGCAGCUCCCUCAGAGUCUCUGCAUCACACUCGCAGCUCCCUUAGAGUCUCUGCAUCACACUCGCAGCUCCCUCAGAGUCUCUGCAUCACACUCACAGCUCCCUCAGAGUCUCUGCAUCACACUCGCAGCUCCCUCAGAGUCUCUGCAUCACACUCGCAGCUCCCUCAGAGUCUCGGCAUCACACUCGCAGCUCCCUCAGAGUCUCUGCAUCACACUCGCAGCUCCCUCAGAGUCUCUGCAUCACACUCGCAGCUCCCUCAGAGUCUCUGCAUCACACUCGCAGCUCCCUCAGAGUCUCUGCAUCACACUCGCAGCUCCCUCAGAGUCUCUGCAUCACACUCGCAGCUCCCUCAGAGUCUCUGCAUCACACUCGCAGCUCCCUCAGAGUCUCUGCAUCACACUCGCAGCUCCCUCAGAGUCUCUGCAUCACACUCGCAGCUCCCUCAGAGUCUCUGCAUCACACUCGCAGCUCCCUCAGAGUCUCUGCAUCACACUUGCAGCUCCCUUAGAGUCUCGGCAUCACACUCGCAGCUCCCUUAGAGUCUCUGCAUCACACUCGCAGCUCCCUUAG